CUUCUGUCCAGAGGAAUGAACCGAAACUCGACCACCGACACAUCUUGCGAUUCGUCCACUUACAACGCGCUCUCAGCGCCUUUCGUUGCAACUCUCUUACUUGCCUCCCGUCAACCCUGCAUUGGCACGACUUCCUUCCCCAGCCCUGUUCGCCACAAACAAUCAUUCGUCAUCAGCGCCUGCUUUCCCUUGCGCUGCGCACGCGAUCGCCGCCAGAACUUGAACCCUGAGAGGACAGAUACACCACCGUUUGCGACCCGACCUCCCCGGCGACCAGACGAUCAGCGAGCACCCUUCUCUGCUGCUGCCUACGUCAAAUAGUCAGCAUUCAACUGUUGCCCGCUCCCUCUCUCGCCUGGCUUCACUCCACCUCCUCAUCCUCUGACACUUUGUCCUCCCUCCAUAUCGCGUUGACAGACAGCUGCAGCCUCUCAAUUCCUCCUCCGAUCUUGUCCUACCACCUGUACUUUGCAGCUUAACAUCGCCAUUUCAGCCAAAAUCCGCUAGAUAUUGCUCUCGGGACAGGCCAUCAUCGACCAUUAUCGUGGCUUCGCCUGGAUUCCCUCGGUUUUCUCUGGCCUCCGCUGGCACCGGAUACCUCCUCUAGACUCAUGCCACUCCUCGCGCGUUGACAAUGCGAGAUCUCCGGUAGAUCCCUUCAGAUCUGUCAACGAUCCCCGCAGCAACUAUCCUACAUCAAAAGGCUUGGGCAAAAAAAGAGAGGCUCGUCUCAUUGCAACCUUCAAGUUCAUGGCAGACUACUCGGCAGAGGAUCGGUUUAGUGUGCUGCGUUGAUAUAGAGUGACUUUGGACCAGCCAUGAUGGCCACAUACUCUCCUCACCGUGAGGAGCACUCACCCAAGAGUGCCUUCUCACGCUUCGACCCCCAUUCCGCAAUACGCGAGAUACGCCGUUCACUAUCUCGCUCACCCUCCAAAGGCUCAGAGUUUCGUCAACAGUCACUACGGUCGCCAGGACCUGGUAAUUUACCCUUUUCGCCUUCUCCACUGUCACCAUCCAGAAACGCGACCUCUGAGAAUUUCCUCCACCUGGGUGGCAUGUCUUCACAUCCCAACCGAGGCAGUUCAGCCUCGCGUUUUCCGCGGCCCCCCCUUCGACGGACAAAUCAAUCCCAUGGGGUGUCUCGCCUUCGAACCUCCCCCAGGAGCCCUACCAAGCGAGUUCUGACGGAUUCGAGCGACAGUGGGAAUUCAUCUCCCAUGCCACUUCGCAAGAGGAGUUCAGCAGAAGCAGAGCGUGAAUUGGCGUUAAAAAGCCUCACCGCUGGGGAUGAAAAGGAGAAUGACAAGUCUACCAGUGAACCACUCAGCUGGAAGAGUGUCCAUACGCGACAAGAGAAAAGACGAAGUGGGGGAAUGUUAAUCUCAGCGGUUGCCCCUCUGAGUCCCAUGAAAAGAUCGGAUGGUCCUAGAUCCGACGAAACACCAGGUUGUGAGAGUCCUUCGGCCAAGAGGAGAAGUCUUCACGGGCCAGGCCUCGAUUUCAGCAUAUUUGAGUCUGAUACCCUGGACAGUGGGAUGUUCGGUGACAAACGAGCGCAAGAUGACAAUGACUGGUUUGUGAGCAACUCAUUCUUGUCAUCUUCACGAUUUUCAACAAUUCCGAAGCGAUCAUCUUCUUUAAGGAAGUCGACUAUUCAGCAAAGACAGAUCGAUCGAUCCACCAAUUUGAAAUUCUACAAUGUGACGGAGGCAGACAAGUCCUGGUUAGACUUCACUCCAGCAGCAAACCCCAAAAAAGAAAUGCGGAUGUCUCUGGAUAACAACAUGAACGCCUUCCCACGCGAUAGCCCGUUUCCAACUCAAGGAAACCUCUUGAGCGCCUCAAUUCAUCCUAUGACUGUCAGCCAGAACGGCUCAUCCUAUCAGCCUCGACAUCCGCUUUCUCGAACAAUGACUCAGUCAUCUUCUCAGCCUGACGAGCAAGAUGAUUCGCCUACCCAUGAACCGAUGCACCGCCCCAGCAGACCUCGUUCUCAUGAUUUCUCGAAAUCUCUGCCGGUGGGCUCGUCUAGGCCAGUGCCAUCUUCUGACGAGAACGAAUUCUCCUCUCAGGCUUCUUUCGCCACUCCGGGCAACUACAAGGCUGCCAAACCCUUACCGGCUGCUUUCAUGUCGACUGGUCUCAUCUCGAAGAAGAACCGUAAUGUGGAAGAUCCAAACGCUGGCCUACCGAAAGCCCAUAUGCCAGAUACUCCUUGCAAGAAACAGCCCGCCAUCUUCCAGAAUGAGCAGAAAUUUGCACCGGCGAAGGGCGCUGUCAACAGGAUCUCGCGACAGUCUUUCGGCGUACCCCCGAGUCCGCUCGAGGUGAGCCAUGGUCCUUCCAAGGUCUCAGCUUUUCCGUUCUCUAAGAGUGUCGGCAUCUUCGGACCUCGACCAAGUCGACACAAUUUGCUUCGGGAGGGAAGUUUUGCUUCCAUCGACCCUGAGGACAAAGGAACAGGUCGUGCCCCGUUGAGUCGCGCGAAUAGCCAGUCAACAGACUCUGACUAUCCCCCUACACCAACCAAACAUUUGACAGACCCUCAUGAUCGGAGUUCAGUUUCUCCAUCGCCUCACCAAUCAGCCUUGUCCACCAACCGAGCUGUUGCUCCUUCCGCCCACGUCACUCGUUUGUCAAGCAUAAGCCCAAGAAUUGAAAAGACGGAUCGCGGAUCUCCUCACACCCCCCUCGACAGCUUCUUUCCUCCUGAUCCAAGCGGUCUGACCAUUUCAGGACGAGCUGAACGUCCGCCAACGAGGCAAAAUAAUAUGGCACCCAUCAUUCCUGCAACACCAACUGGGCCACGAGAGUAUUUUACGAAUUUCUCCAACCGCCCAAGCCUAAACCUGGCCUCACUAGACGCGACGAAUAUCGACAGCAGCUUGACAUCAAGAUUUGACAAAGUUGAUCUCAUUGGCUCUGGAGAAUUCUCGCAAGUCUAUCGAGUGUCGCAACCACCCGAGACAUCUCCAUUCCAUAAGAUUUAUUCUGUGUCCACCAGCCGUCCGUCCUCAAGAAGUUCUGUACCCGAGAAAAUUUGGGCCGUCAAGAGAUCCCGAUAUCCUUAUGCUGGUGCUCGAGACCGCCAGAGAAAGAUCCAUGAGGUUGACGUGCUGAAAGCCUUGGGUCAUUCAGAUCACAUUGUCACUUUCGUCGACAGUUGGGAGGAAAAUGGUCAUCUUUACAUUCAAACAGAGUUCUGCGAAGAGGGUACGCUUGACGUCUUCCUUGCGCAAGUUGGCCUGAAAGCGAGGCUAGAUGAUUUCCGCAUAUGGAAGAUCCUUCUUGAGCUGGGAAUGGGUCUGAAGCACAUCCACGACUCAGGAUUUAUCCAUCUCGAUCUCAAGCCGGCGAACGUCCUAAUCACAUUCGAAGGCGUCCUCAAGAUUGCAGACUUUGGUAUGGCAACCCGAUGGCCAGCAAAGGCGGGCAUUGAGGGCGAAGGGGAUCGCGAAUAUAUCGGACCCGAGAUUCUAAUGGGUCGAUACGAUAAACCUGCUGAUAUUUUUGCACUCGGUCUGAUCAUGCUGGAGACGGCUGGAAAUGUUGAACUCCCGGACAAUGGCGUAUCAUGGCAGAAGCUUCGAAAUGGGGAUAUGAGCGAUGUCCCGAGCUUAACGUGGAGCUCUGGAACUAGCGGGAUUUUAAGGGACUCGUCAGGUAACCCGGUGUCGAGAGAAAAUUCGUUUGAAUUUCGCCAGGACAGCGAUCACCACGACGUGGAAGUGAUGGACGGCGAUGAUUUCGAGGCGACUGUGGCUCGCCCUCACCAGAAAACCCCGCCAUUCGAACGAAGUGGUGAACUUGUCAAUCCGCCUCAGUUUAUGGUGGAUCCCUCUCACGAACAAGCUCUCGACAGAGUUGUGCGCUGGAUGAUCUCUCCAGAUCCAAACGACCGUCCUCUUGCCGGCGAGGUGCUCAACACUGAAGGCGUACGGUGGGCAGAAACGAGGCGGCGCGCGGGAGCGACUGUCUUCGAGGGCAACUGGGGACCUGCCGAUGAGGUCCUUGCUGAGGAUGCGGAAAUGAUCGAUGUCUGAAAUCGUCUAUCUAGCUCGGUGAUUCUAACUCCCUGGAUACCAAACACAUAUCGUUUUGGACACGCGAGGGGCAACAGGGAAGGCUAUUGACGACAAGGAAGCAUUGUUUCUGGUGGAUUUCCGUCUCUUUUUUUAAAUGAUCGAAACGACAUUCCAGCAAUUACCACAGCAUGUUGUUAUGGGCUAGAGACCAAUUUUCAAUCGUUUUGUACACCAGAGCAGGCAAGCAGGAUUUGGUUGGUAUCGGUCAGCUAUGGGUUGGUGGUCAUCUGACACAGGUUUAAUUUCGACAUCGACAUUGACACUGACAUGGACGACAUGUCGACCACGAUCACUCGACAGGGAAACACGAAUUAGCGCAUGGCGCAGGGAACAGAGAGGAUGGACAACUCUUAAAUACUUUUGGUUUUGGAAAGAUAUGAUAUGUAACUCGGGAGGGAGGCCCGGAAGAUUGCCGAAACACAGACAGAAUGGCAGGUCGAGAACAUGAGAUGGACAGACAGCCAGAUGCUGUGCUUGCUCGGCCCAUCCCUUGAGAAGUAGACUCAGUGGGAAUGGAUUUUGAACGAGAGGCGACAAUUAGGGUAGCAGAGCUGCACGCAGUCAGUCCUCCGAAGAUAUACUGCUGCCCAAGCAUCUCCGCAAUGAAAAGAUGAAUGAUGACAUGACCUAGGGAAAAGUAGAUAGCAGAUCCACAAUUCAUAAUGCAGACCGUCUACCUUUGUG